AUGCCGUCCUGGGAUGAUGGAGAGAGCAGCGAGGAUAGCCUGCUGUCGGAGUUCGCUGAUGGCCACGAUCUCAUUCCUCGUCUGCCGAUCCCAGCAACCAUCCUAGAGCCAAACUUCACUAUCUAUGAUGACUCCGAUUUUAAGUGCAAACAUGACAUGCCCAUGUACAAAUAUGUUUGCUAUGAAGGAGAGAACACUAGGAGAAAAUUCCUGGAAUGUGGAUGCAAGGAUGAUGCAAUGUGUGACAAGAUUCAUUGGGUAGAUGGUCCAUGUCCAGUUGAAUUGAGGCAAGCUUUGUGCAAGCUUUGGCUGAAGUAUGAGCAUGAGAGGGACUCAAGAAUCCAUGGCAAUGUGGAGUAUGCAACUAAGAAUUACCAGUUGGUUUUGGCAAAGAGGGAUUUAAAGAAGAAGAACUUGAAGCUGCAUAAACAGCUGGGCAAUGCUUUGGAGUAUGUUGCAGAGGUUACCACUGAUGACUUGAAGCUUGAAACAACAAGGAGGCAGAAGGAAGAAAGAGUGGAUUAG